GGUCACUUCGCACUCAGUCAAGGACAGUGCCGACGGUCGACUCGGUUCCAUGUCGACACAAAUGUCAUUCAUCGUCAAACGCAAAUUUUCGUGAUUGGACAAAUUUCCUCGUGUUUUAUUUUUUGCAAAGCGUCAUCACCUGUUGUUAUUUUUUCUGAACGGUCGUGACAGAAAUAAGCUGUGCUCAAGAUGAUUUAUAUUAACGCGGACGAAGAGACGGAGAACAUCACCGAGGAUCAAAUCAUCGACGAAAUAGAAGAAGUCGAGAGGACUUUGAUUGAAGAAAAUGAAAGGAAAUUGUCGGUGUUCAGCAUCCAGGCUCCUCCAGCAGUGACCCCGUUGCCUUUGAUGCCCGGGAUCAUCGCCCCUGAUCCCAUUUUGGCGCAACCCAAUGUCCACGAAAUAUUUCCGGGGGUGGAGUCGCCGAAAAAGUCUAGAAAAAUCUGCUGCAAUUGU